CCAUGCCAUGCCAUGCGGUGUUUUACCAGAACAAGGGUCUCUGAGCUGUCUAUGGACCAGAGCAGAGGAAGCAGAAGCUGAGCUGCCAAAAUUUUGCUGUUGAGGACUACGUAUGUCUUAAUGGGUCCUCUGCAGUGACUGGCCCCCACCACCAUAGUUUGAGCUUCACACUGCCAGCUGUGAAAUCAGGAGUCCAAGUACAGGGAUCUAUCCCCACAUCACAGGAUGACACGAGAACAGUAUAUACUGGCAACACAGCAGAACAGCCUACCAAGGAUUGAAAAUCCACAACUUUAUCCAGUGGGAAUUUAUGGAUGGCGAAAGAGGUGCUUAUACUUCUUUGUCCUUCUGCUGUUGGUUACCAUGAUUGUUAACUUAGCAAUGACAAUUUGGAUUUUGAAGGUUAUGAAUUUCACAGUGGAUGGAAUGGGGAAUCUGAGAGUCACCAAAAAAGGAAUUCGACUUGAAGGCAUAUCUGAAUUUCUACUUCCAUUGUAUGUGAAAGAAAUACAUUCCCGAAAGGAUAGCCCACUGGUCUUACAGUCUGACAGGAACGUAACGGUGAAUGCAAGAAACCACAUGGGACAGUUAACUGGACAACUGACUGUAGGAGCUGAUGCUGUGGAGGCCCAGUGUAAGAGAUUUGAAGUGAGGGCAAGUGAAGGUGAAAAGGUGCUGUUUUCUGCAGAUGAAGAUGAGAUCAUCAUUGGAGCUGACAGACUCAAAGUAACAGGCACAGAAGGGGCAGUGUUUGGGCACUCUGUGGAGACACCCCAUAUCAGAGCAGAACCUUCCCAAGACCUCAAACUUGAAUCUCCAACUAGAUCUUUGAUAAUGGAAGCUCCAAGGGGAGUCCAAGUUAGUGCAGCUGCAGGAGAUUUAAAGGCAACGUGUAGGAAAGAACUGCACUUGCAGUCCACAGAAGGGGAGGGGACUUCAGUGUUCAAGGCUAGCAGUCCAGCACCAUUCAUGUGCACUAAGUUGUAUAAGAAAUUGACAAAGCAAAUAUUUUUAAAUGCAGAUAUAAUCCGACUGGGAAAUCUACCAAUGGGUUCCUUUUCAUCUUCCCCAUCUAGCUCCUCAACUCCUCGACAGACUAUCUAUGAGCUCUGCGUUUGUCCCAAUGGUAAACUGUACCUUUCCCCGGCAGGAGCAGGCUCUACUUGUCAAUCCACUAGCAACAUCUGUUUGUGGAGCUGAAAUGACUCCAGUUUCUCCUCACACCAGAAUAGCCUUUUGUUACUGUCCCUCUGCUUCACAGUUCUGCUCGGUUUCCCUUGUGACAAAUUUGAAGCUUCAAAUGGCCUGCAGAGCAACUUCUUCCAGUGUAAGCAGGAAUACAACGCUGCCUUCUCUUGUGGCUCAUGUUACCACUCAACGUAGAGAUGGGAGUGAGAUAUUCAAAAAUAAAUGUAAUCUUCAUCAGGAAACCUGGAUCAUAAUAUCAUCUUUUGUCCAAAAGAGAGAAUAACACAGGUGCCUUUGCUACGUGAAGUGAAGCACAUAGUUUUAGUUUUAUGCAGUACCUGGAUAUAAACUGCACGCAUAUAUACAGUACUUAUACAAAUUUGCCCAGAAUCCAAUCAUGAGAUGAAUAGGUAACCCCUGUAUGAUAAUUAACUUUACUAUCUGAAAGCACAAUUUUCCAUUCAUCUUUUUGGAUGUAAACUUUUAUCCCUGAAUUUUAAAAUUUUGAAACAUUGUGUGAUGCUUGCUUUACUAAACAAUUAAAAUUCAGUACAUGGUUUUUAACAAAAAAAAAAAAAAGAGACAGAAUCCCUCUGAGUUUUGUUUCUUUAAAACAAAUGUGUUGUUACUCUGUCUUCUACGUCUAGGGUUUUGUAUGUUUAGGUAAGCAUUUAUUUUGCAAGCACUCAGCAAUAUUAAAUUUCCAGUGUUCAAAACACA